AUGAGCCACCACUGCUGCCCUGCCACCUCCUUCACCCAUGACUACCUGUCCUUCACCUUCCACCGCCCUCCGACACCCGUACAACCAGCGGACAACCACCCCGCGUGCCCAACGAUGCCGAACAUCCAAGUUCGGCGGUGUUUCGGUGCACGAUUGGCCAACAAGUGGCCACCGCCGCCCUCUCACCUCCUUCACCCACCACCACUUGCCCUUUGCCUUCCACCACCCUCCGACACCCCUGCGAUCGAUGGCAUGGAGUUCCCAGCGUUCUCGGAGUACCAGGACGUGUUCUCAGCCCCCCUACCGACAUCCAUGCUUGUGAUAUUUGUCAACCCGUUGUGGAUACCUGUGCAGCCUGCUCUGUUGAAGAUCGCCAAGGCCGCCUAUUCUUAUUGGAAGGAAUGCAGAGUCGAGCGAGGCGGCCACCAUAUCAUACCCACAUUAAAUGGCGAUGAAUCCGACACCCUUAAUGAAUCCUACAUUUGUUUCCGGUGGAGAGAGAGCAAAGCAAUCGAUGAGGAGCUCUUGGUAGACAAGGAACGGCUGGUUAAAAAACUGGAAGUUGUUCGAGUGGGAGGACUCAAGAUAAGGACAGAUAAUCAAGCUUCGACUCCUCGUCCAGAAAUUAUCAUUAGGCCGAAGGAGCAACUCGUGAUGAUUCGUGAGCAGAUCGAGUCGCAGCUGGCAAGACAGAAGGAUAUUGAUCAUCACUGGGAUGACCAGAUUGAUAACCCCUACCAAACCCACCCGGCUCCUUAUGCUUGCAGACUCUUCAAAUACAUACCUCCUCCUGGUGCUCCUGCCUGGCCUUCAUCCAGCUCUGAUAAGACUAACAAAGACAGCACCCCUCCAUCCCUUCCCCCUCCACACCAAUCUCGUGCGGCUCGUAUAUGGCAGAGGAGGCAGCAUCUGGAGGAGAGAUGGAAGUACGACUUGGAUGAUGUCCCUCCUGUGGGUCCUGAAGGAGCAGAUGAGCAAGAUCGCAUCUUGGUGGAUGAUUAUGGUGCGAAGUACCUGCAGCAUAGUAUGACACUCCACUUAGAUCCUGACCACCUACAUCUUGUCACUGACCCUACUCUCAUCCUUACAAAUUCCAAAGGCCAACAACAUGUGGCACUGCCAUAUUGCCUGGAAAGGCCUGCUCGUGGUGGAAGAAAGGAAAAGCUCCGAGCUCUGGAUAUCGAUGAGGAAGACAUUGACUUGGAACAAGAGUGGGAUGAGGAUUCUGAAGUCAAUUGGGAUGAUGAGGAUGACGGUGUGGGCUUUGACUUCCAUGACUUUGUCCAUCCUAUUAUUGAUCGUGCCCACUUUGUCCCAUCUAUGGAAGAGGAACCAAAUGCUGGUACUUCAAGCUCAUCUGCUGCUGGUCCUUCUUCACCACCUGACUCUCCAACAAGAGACCAAGCAGGAGGUCGGCAACUGGAUGAUGACAAGGAUGAACGGGUGACUUGGACACAUCCCACAGCAGGUCAUAUCUUGCAUGAUCCACCUCAUAAGGAUCAAGAUGGUGAUGUUCGUAUGGGAGAUCCACAAGAUUUUGGUCAAGAUUAUGGUCCGUUCACUUCUGAGCUUGACUGGAAGAUUGCGCAAUGGGCCAUCAAGGACAGUCCUGGACACAACACCUUUGACUGCUUGCUAAAAAUUCCUGGAGUUGUUGAGAAGCUUGGCCUCUCAUACCAUAAUGUCCAAGCACUUCACAAAAAAGUCGACUCCCUUCCAGAGAAAGCUGGCAAGUGGAAAACCAAAGAACUUGCCUUCUCAGACUGUCCAGAUGAGAAAUUCACUGUUUGCCAUCAUGAUCCCAUUGAGGCCAUCAAGAGCCUUUGGAAGAAUCCUGAAAUCUCUCCAAAGAUGGCAUUUGCCCCAACCUGUGUUUACUCUGACUCAAAACAAGAGAAUCAUAUCUGCUCUGAGAUGUGGACAGGGCAAUGGUGGCACGUUCUCCAGAGCAAGGUUCCUGAAGGUGGAACUGUAGCUCCAGUUAUCAUCGCUACUGACAAGACUCAACUGACUCAGUUCUCGGGCAACAAAUCAGCAUAUCCAGUCUACCUUACCAUUGGAAACAUUCCCAAGUCUCUUUGA